AUAAAUGUUCUGUGUAAGCUCCCUCUCAAAUCAAGCGUUGAAAAAAUGGCAAAUUCUUCCCCCGCGAUUCUCCCCAUUUCCGAUUCUGCCGACCCCAUCAUCACCGUUUCCUCCGACACAGCCGCCAUCACCACCACCGACGCGCAUCAAUCCUCCUCUGUUUCAUCAUUCGGUGCAUUUUAUUCCAAAAUAUCAGACACUGUCCGCGUCGGCCUCGCCAACCGCCGUCCCUGGCCGGAGCUUCUUGACCGGACCUCCUUCUCCAAACCAGAGUCUCUCUCCGAGGCCAUUCUCCGCUUCCGCAAGAACUACAACUAUUAUCGCAUCAAUUACCUCACCGUAAUCACGGCCGUGCUCGCUAUUUCUCUUCUAACCAACCCCUUCUCCCUAAUCCUCCUCUCGGCGCUCCUCGCUGCCUGGCUCUUCCUUUACAUCUUCCGCCAGUCCUCUGACCCUCCCGUCACCAUCUUCGGCCGCCAGUUCUCAGAUUUCGAGACCCUUCUGUUCUUGAUCUUCUCCACCGUUGUCAUCAUUUUCCUCACCAGUGUGGGGUCUGUUCUCGUUUCGGCUUUUAUGAUUGGUGUAGCAAUUGUCUUCUUACACGGUUCGUUUAGGACUCCGGAAGAUCUGUUCCUUGACGAUCAGGAGUCACAGGGUGGGGUUUCUGGAUUCCUCUCUUUGUUCACAGGUGGGACCGCCUCCAAUGCCGCCGCUGUCUCUGUUGGUCCGCCACCUGUUGCCGCCGGGAUUUGAGGUUUGACGAUCAUAACCAUUACAUCCGGAUCAAUAUCAUGAUGAUAUUCAGUUCUCAUCAAAAUCGAAUGACAAGUUAUAGUUUCCUUUACACUUUUGAUUAUAUUAGCUAAUUUUUUCCCUCUCACGAAAAAAUUAGGGAUAAUAAUAUCUGUAAUUGCUAUUACUGGAUAUAUUGAAUUUUCAUUACCGGGGUAUUCUAUAAUUUUCGUUUAUUGGUUAUAUGGUUUACUUAGAAAGAGAGUUAAUGAUGAUUGAUUGUUAUGUUCUA